UUCUUAUUACUAUAAUAUCGACUAUUCACCAAGAUUUUAAGGCCCUCGGGACGAUAAUAAAUUAUUGCUUCCAGAAUACAUGGGUUUUCAGCAGGAACUGUAAAAUUAUCAGUGGUUUGUUUGUUAUCCUUAUCCACAGACCACGAAUCCGUCCAUAUAUCUGUAUUCUGUUUUAUAAUCUGUGUUAUUUAACGGACUUUAAGGAUUUCAAGAAUUUUUUAAAGUAAAGUUAAACUGUUGAAAAUUUUACUUUUCUCAUAAUAUUAUUGUCAAUAUUUAUUAAAUGCAUUUAAAUUGUAAAGUGCGUUAACUGUGGAUACACCAUUAGUAUUUCGUUGUUGCUUGGUUGCUAAAAUGAAUGAUCCGUUGGCUGUAAUAUACAACGAGGGGCACUGGCGAGUUAAUUUAGUAUCGCCUAUGUUCAACUUACAAUGCAAUAAAAUAAAAUUAAAGCAAUACUCUAUGAAAAUUCGUCAAGCACUAGUAAGUGAAGUGGCUGCUAGUUCUAGCUCAAGACUGGACGUAUCAAUCGAAAAUUUGCCAUUGUUAAAGUAUUCAAAUGAAGAUCCUAGUGGUCUUAAGAUAACUGUCAAAAACCAGUUUAAAUCCAGUGACAAAGAGGUGUACGUUGCCAUCUUCCUUUCAUGGGGUAAUGGUAUAAAUAUAAACGAUGAAACUACACAUUUACCUUACAUGCUGGAGCGUGGGGAAAGGAAAGUGGAUAUGGCUGUAAAAAAUACUUUGCUAACCCUAUUUGAUUGUAUGAUAGUGCCAAUUGACUUCACCCAGGGACAGCUACUAGACUUCAUGUUCAACUUUAUAGAAAAUGAUAACUCACGGAGUUCAAACCCGUUUGUGCUCAAAUACCAGACUCCUCAAGUUAACUUUAUGGAUAAGAUCACCUUAAGUUUUGAGAUUGGUGAUAUACGAGCAAUAUGGAACAGGGUCAAAGAAAGUAACAUCAAUCAUAACAAAAGACUCCAAGCUUACCAAAUCAUUCUGAACCAAAUAUAUUGUAUGUACACACUAGAAGUGACAUUGUUGCAAUUGUGUGAAGUAAUACUACCAACAGCGGAGGUCAAACACAGCGGUAUGGUGAAAAUGAAAACACCGGAAAUUAUCAACUCAGUUUUCACGGUUUUAAAUGAUAUCACACGUGAAAGAUUUCAAUUAGAAUCAAAUUUUCAAGAUCCAGAGGACUAAGUAACUCACUUGACUUCGCAUGGGUAGUUUUAAGUAUUAACAUUUCAAAAUCAUUCUCAGAGAGACUAUCCAAUAGUGAAACUUGUAAGGGACUUUUAAAAUAUAGUUAGUACUUUCAGAGGGACAUAGUUGGAAGGAUUUAUUUUAAAAAUUUAUUUAUUAGUAUACAUAGGUACAGUAACUGGCAGGAAAUAUUGUACAUCAACCUCUAGAAAGAGAUUUCGGCUUUUGAGAGUGUUGUCUCUAUCACUCAUAUCUAUGUGUCUUCUGUAUGUUUCAACGAUAGAGACAACGCUCUACGAAAUCACUAUCUCUUUCUAAAGGUUGGUGUGCAAUAUUUCCUGCUGGGUACCUACUGUACUAGCGCGACUUCAUCCGCGUGAUACAGUCUUGGGGAUAAUGUAGCCGACUAUCAAUAAAAUAAUUUUAAAAAUUGAUUUAUUAGUUCCAGAGAAUACCCUCUAUAUCCAAACUUUACCUCUUAGUACCUAUUAAUGUAAAUAAAUUUACUUAAAUGUUUCUUAACAAGUUAAAAAUAUGUUAAGUCUUUUUACAUAGAAUGAAUGAAUUGUAAAUAUAGAUUGUUAAUUACGCACGCGCACGAACUGUGCACACAACGCGCAUCAAACGCCUCUGGACGCGUCAUCGUUCAAUGUGUACAUAUAUGUCGCGAACGCGUAUCUAACGUUUAUACUUCCAAAAACUCACGAACAUUUGCACGCCGUGUCUUGUACAACAUGCACGCGAACCGCUCGCUAACCACUCGUUACACGUCCACAUUGUUAUGAUGCGUGUUGUGUGCACCGUUCCGGCGCGUGCGCAGGAGUGGAUUAGCCUUAUAUAGAUUAGAUUAGUGAAAGGAAGUUUUAAAAAUAGGUACUUACUGUUAUAUUGUUAUGUGAACUUCUAUAAUUUUGAUUUUAUUCUGGCUAACAGCCAUUUCUAAUAAAAAAGGAGGUGGGUAUUAUCAAAAUAAAAAGAAAGAAAAAAACAAAUUUUUCAACAUUUAUUUCAUGAAUUAUGCCUUACAAACGUGUUCGCAUAUUGUAAUCUUACAAAAUAUUACUACAUCAUUACAAUGUGCUAAACUUAAAGUAACCUAGUUUUGUUAUCAUGUCUUUAAUUCAUAUUUUCUUGCAAGCAGUCCUUAUAGAUCACAAUUUCGUCCUUCGGUACAUUAAAAUCUUGCGAAAACUAUGAGGUUUCCUCCAAGUUAUUUCUUGUGCUAAUGUAAUCACUAGGCCACCACCCCUCUGCAUAAAGGUGCAAACACAUUACUGAGUCGCGGUGAGUUGCUUUGCAACGUAAUUUCGCGCUACGAUCGGCCAGAGCGGCUCGAGGUUAUCGUGCCUAAGAGUCGUCAGACUAAGGGCCAAUUCACACGGCAGCGACCGGUAGAGACGCGACGAGGUUCGCGUCGCCGCCGGCCGCUAGAAGCCACGCGUGGCCUCUCGACACCAGUUUAGUUUUUAGAUUUGGUAAAGAGCAGGGAGGGCGCGGCCGACCUCUUGUCGCCGCGGGCAGUACCACUGACGAGACGCGCGACCUUUUCAAGCGAUAGUGGUCUUUUAAAUAUGUAGAUAAAGUUUAAAAUUAUUUCACACUGAAAGUGCUCGCCGCCGCUCCGGUGUCAAUCGGCCCUAACCGGCACGUCUUUAUUUGACAUAUGUAAUAUGUAUGAGUUGUAUCGCCACACGUUCACGACGCAGUAAUGUGUUUGCCGCUUAAGACAGUCAACAAUAUAAAUAUGUUUUUAAUUUAUUUUAUAUUAUUAUCUAAGAAAUUCUCUGGCGGACAAGCAGCUGGUAUAAGCUCCAAAAAUGUAUAACAUAAUAUAAUUUUUUAUUACAAUAAAAUAUAAAAAUAAAAUAAACAUCUUUAAUUAACAAAAUGUAAAAUGUUGUUUGUCGAUAAUUUAGCUAAUAUUGGUAAGAUGUAUGCACAUUUACAUGUCAAGAUAGUAAACAGAAAUUAGUGUGAUUUCUUUCUGGGCAAAGGCUGUAACGCAUUUACUUAUAUCACUU